CUCAUGUAGAAUAGUGCCUAUGUAGAUAAACACGGUCAUCUGUUCACUAAACAUGUCUUGUGACACCUUCUGAGUAAGCAUUUCUAUACACUGUACUUCGAAAAGUUUGAGCAACAUGAGUGAAGUCCGACGCUGUAAUUUGAAUGAUGAUGGUACAAACAGCUAGGCCAGUCAUGAACAUCCAUUCCACAUAGGCUUCUGCACAAGGCUCCACAAGACCGGAGAGAGAACACUUAAACGUACGGGGGGAGGGCAGGAAAAACAAGCACAGAAAAUUGUUCGAGUUAAACGAAGAACUCCAAGCUAUCAUCACUGAGCUGUUAUCUAAUUUAGACAAAUGCAUGGAAAAGAUUAUCCGUCAGUUUGUGACUUGCGGUGUUUCGCUUCGUAAAGGUUGCUAGCGUUCAUCCGGUAAAAAUAAAAGUGCUCGGUCUGGGUAGCUCCAAUUUGUGUUACUGUACAGCUAGUACAGAACUGUUAUGAUGUGUCAAUAAGUUUAAAGGUGGACGGAGGCUGUAAUGAGAAGGCCCUGGUGUUUGAGCUUGGUUACAGAGGUCAUCAUCAUCGCAUGACAAAGCCUGAGUGACAGAUUCAUCCUCAUCUUUCAAAUACAGUGUUACCAUAUUCUGUGACUAAUUUCUCUUCUUUGAAGGGCCACCAGCAUGAAAGGUGGAGGCCGCGGGAAGGAGCCACCUGUGGAGGGGGAGGUCAGCGGCAAACGGCCCAAGCGCAAGUGUCUGCAGUGGCAUCCUCUUCUCUCUAAGAAAGCCUUGGAUUUCUCUGAGGAGGAAGAGGAGGAGGAUGAGGAGGAAUUGGAUAAAGGGACCGUGCUGUGUGCACAAAGUGGAGGACCGGAGGUGGUGUGUGGGGCUGUGGAGGAGGGUGAGGAGGACACGUCUGAACAGCGCGCCCGUCGGCCCAUGAAUGCUUUCUUACUUUUCUGCAAGCGCCACCGCUCUCUAGUUCGUCAGGAGCACCCCCGUCUGGACAACCGUGGGGCCACAAAAAUCCUAGCAGAUUGGUGGGCAGUGCUGGAGCCCAAGGAGAAGCAAAAAUACACAGAUAUGGCAAAAGAGUAUAAAGAUGCUUUUAUGAAGGCGAACCCUGGGUAUAAAUGGUGUCCAACUACCAACAAGCCUGUCAAGAGUUCCUCUCAAACAGUUGGCAAUGCCCGCAAAAAAGUCUGGUCUUUCCCCACCAACCCCACGAAGGACCCUCCUGUUGCCAAAAAAGUGCCCAAGACUGACAACAAGCCACAGCUUAACUUUGCCAUGGCAGAUCCUACUAAAAUGGGGGGACUAAGUAUGCUGCUGUUGGCUGGCGAGCAUGCCCUGACUGCCAGAGAGCUGUCGUCUAACACGUCCCCCACUGUUGACACAAAUGCUACAAAACACAAUGGAAAAUCUGCCCUCUUUCAGCUUGCUGAGAUAUCCUCCAACACUCAUCGAUCUCCUGCGGAAUGUAAACAGGAAGAGAAGAGUCCACUGGGAAGUCUCACUGAGUCCUCUGGAAGUUCAGUGCCUGGUCCACCAGUCUCACCCAAAAACUAUGCCAUGUCCCCUUUAUUUCAGCUAGCAGAGAUUUCCUCCAGUACCUCCAAGCCCUCUGUUCUUGAUGGGAAACAGUGCGGACAGUCAGCUCUCUUCCAGCUUGCUGAGAUGUGCUUGGCUUCUGAGGCGGAGAAAAGAGAGGCCUUGUCUUCCCAGCCUGCAGGUGACCCGGCUCCUGUUUUCUCUGAGAACAGUUCCACAAACAUGGAUCCCAUGGAUCAAAGAAACUCUCCAGACCUUCCUCGAACCACACCUUCCCUUUCCUCCUCUGCCUCAUCUUCCUCCUCUGCCUCCUCCACCCCGACUGACAAAACACCACCACUGCUCAGCCAGCCGAAGAAUGUGAAAAAGAAAAAGAAGGACUGCAAAGAAACUCUCAAGGCUGAUAAGACUCAAGGUUCUGUGAAAAAAGCCCCCAAGAAGCGGCAGUCCUCUGAGUCUGACCUGGACAGUGUCAUUGAAGCUGUGGCUAAAGGGACCUGGGGUACGGAGGAGACGCCCACGAAGAAACCCUGCAUCCCAAACAGUGACAAAAGCACUCCCCCUGGGCUACAACAUUCACCAAAAAAGAAGAUGAAGCCUAAAGUGAAGAAACCACUCAAAGCAAAAGAAGAGGCCGUGGAGGAGGACGUACAAACAGAAGAGAAAGAGAAGGAAGAGGAGAAGGAAUCGAAAGGGGGUGAUGGCGAGCCACAAGAUCUUCCUGUGGUGAAGGAAGAGCUGCCAAUCUCCCCUAAGAGGGAAGUUGAGGCCCCUAGCAUGAAAACAGACUCCACUCUUCUGGGAAAGGAGGACAUGGAUUCCCACAGCCCACUGGAGGCCCUGGUCAAAUCUGAGGAGAGAGACACCGAGGCCAAGUCUGAAAGCUGUGGCUCCAGGAAGUCAGAGAGAAGCUGCAAGGGGGCCCUGUACAAAACGCUGGUGUCAGAGGGGAUGCUAACAUCACUGAGAGCAAAUGUGGACAGAGGAAAGAGAGGCUCUGUCCGAGGGAGUGUGUCUGAUCAGGAAGGAGCUUGGACGGAGGAGGCCUGGGCAUUUCCUCAGACCGGUGCAAGCAACCCCAAGAAGUUAAAAAAGUCUAAAUCUAAAGAUGAGACUGCACCAGGUUUAGGAAAGCUUGAAGAGGAGUUUGAGAAGAAGUUCAACAGCUUGCCACAGUACAGCCCUUUGACAUUUGACAAAAAGAACACCUCCGUCACCAAGAAGAAAAAAACAUUUCCCCCCACGAUCAGUGAUCAAGCCAAGCCUAAUAAGGGUUCAUCUGCAUCUCAGAAAAAAACUUUAUUCCACAAGAUCGUUAGCAAGUACAAGCACAAAAAGGAGAGGCCCAAUACCUUGGAUAAAGCCAUAACUAUGAGCGAGUCCCCUGUGCCCGAGGCCAUGCAGAAGGACAAGCCAUGUGGCCAGGUGUCCCUGGAGGCCCAGCGGGCUGCAGAGAUGCUGGUGGGCAGUCAGAAGAGGAAGGCCAGGAAGAAUAAGAUCACCCACCUGGUGCGCACCGCUGAUGGCAGGCUGUCCCCAGCAGAGGAAGACAAAGCCAAGGAGUUGUCCCAGGACAAGGAGGAAAAGCCAUUAACCGAAGAGUCUUUAUGCAAUGAAGAGGGGUGCUUCACUGAGGCAGACCAGAGGGAUGCACCUGAAGGCCUUCCAGCCUUCUUCAGCCUAGCUGCCCUCGCUGAAGUAGCAGCCAUGGAGAACGUGCACAGAGGUCAGCGUGCUGUCAGUUUGCCCAGUGAGAGCCAAGCAAAGGACAUGGCUGCCCAAACCCCUGUGCUGAUCUCCUGUGCUGACCAGUGAGGGCUCUCUUGGCUGGCCCCCUCUGAACAGACAAACAUGGUGCGUUAACCCCACAAACUCUCGACCUCGUGCUGGGAUGGGACAGAGGCACACUGGGGAGAUGUGCUCUGAAGUGGCCUCCAGGGGCUGCUCUAGUCUGGGAGUGAAAGAGCAUGGAGAGGAGGGUGCCUUUCACCUGGGAGCUUCCCAGAUGCAGCCCACACUUGCAGCCUAUGGAGGAGCUAGGUUGGCCCUAGAGUGCGGCCUCCUCACCUGGUGGCUGGGACGGGUUAGCAGACGUUGUUGCACAAAAAUGGCUGCCAUUUUAAGGUCAAGUUUUGCAUUUUAAAAGUGCAUUCGGGGGAGGGGGUAUCUUGGUCAGGUUUUUUUGUUUGUUUUUUGGUUUUGUUUUGCUGCUUUGUUUCACAGAUGUUUCUUCCACGUAGCAGAGCUCUCUGUACGGGCGAAUGAAAUCUUGUGGCUUCCUGCAGUCCUUCCUACUCUAGACCAAAUUCACACAGCCAGUAGCCUGCACAAAUGCUUGAACAGCCACCAUACCUCUUGUCUCUCUUUCUGAAUAAUAGCAGGUUAGCUUUUUAUUCUAGUUUCUCAGAUCCCUCAAGGUUACCUUAAAAAGAAUGAGUGAGUGGGUUAUGCCUGGGAAAUAGGUAUUUGCCAAGAUAAUGCAGUAGGUCUUACAUGAUCACUAAGUAGUUGUCGGUGUACAUUUUCACUCAGUGAUGGGAAGUCUCUUAAUUUAGGCAACCCAUAUUGGUUUGGUUAGGUAGGUUGGGAACUGAUGGUAAAUGGUUGGUGAGAAAUAACGGUUUUAUUUCUCAACAUACCCACUGCAUGUUUGCUGUUGCUGAGGGCUUGAACAAAAGUUCCUUAAAGGAAAGGUUCACUCUAAUCCACUUGAAAAUGCUCAAAACUUUCAUUUGAAAAAUGAGUCAGUUUAGUUGUGGUGCCAUUUUAUUGUUCCAUGGUAUCUGUUAUGUCUUAAGGCAUCAGUCUCCAAAAGCUUCUGUUUCUAUUCACUGGUUUAAAUCAUCACUUACAAAACCUGGGGUGUAAAUGAAGAUAGCAAAACAUGCUACAUUUUCAUGUAUGCACUGCAACUUCAAGACAUUUUGGACCCACAGUAUCUACAGUUGUAUGCUUAAGUUUGGCCACCUCGGAGCAAAAAAAUGUAUUUUGUUGAUUUUUUUUGGUCAUGAAACAUAAAUAUAUAACCACAGCAAAAUAUCUUAAAAAUAUACAACAUAAGAAAAAACAAUUAAAACAGAGGAUUGCUUCAUAUUUGGCUGCACUUACUUUUUAUUUAAUGAAAUUAGAAAUUGAAAGAAAUCAAUUUAUAGUGAAUAUGUGAAAAGAUUUUUGUUUAAAACAUGCAAAAAUGACCUAGAAAUGGCAGAAUGUGAGGAAACAAGCAUUUUGACGUUAUGUCAAAUGACAAUUUCAGAAGAUAAUGAAUUCUCUGACUCAACAAAUAUGGUAUUCAACAUUUCAACAACAUUCAACAAAAAUAGGCUUCUCUUGACUGGGGAUCUGGGAUAAAUCUAGAGUAACUGAUUGCUUUCAGAUUGUAAUUUGAGUGUUAUUAAGUAAUAGUUGUUAAGGGUAAAUGUGAAAGUCAAGACGAGAUUAACAUACUCAGAAAGGCCAACCAAACAUAUUUUAUUUCUGGGUGAAAAUUAGGCUGAGGCGGUAGGGGUGGGGGACAAAAUGCUUAUGAGAACACCUUCAAAGAUGACUGUUAAAAUCAUGUAAACGUUGGCUUUGAUACACUCUUUAAUAGGCCUACACUCCUCAGUACUUUAUUGGCUGCUCUCGUCUUGACUCCUCUUUCACACUCUGAUUAAAAAAAUGAACCGAAUCAGUAACACAAUUUUUUUUUUCCCCAUAUUACAAGAACUAGCGAUGUUUUGCCUGUUAUCAUGAAUCUCCUCCUCACAAACUCCUAAACAUAACUCUCUUAAAAUAAUGUGAUAUAUAAGACAUAU